AUGGAAGCCGGGGAGUUCCGGUCGCCUCAGAAAAGAAACGUGGCUUUCAUUUCCGGUGCUGUACGCGCUACCGGUGCCACCAUAUUGAUUGUAGAUGCAUAUGACGGAUCUCUUGGUCGCCCAUGUUCGACAAGUUGUCCAGAACCAUCUUUCGCUCAAGAGAUCGUCAAAUUUUAUGGGACAGACAAAGCACAUUUCAAGCAACGAAGUCUCCUCGGCAAGUGA